UCCGAGGCCUAGACUAGACUUCCAGAAGCCAGCCAGUUCUUCGAAUUCAGAUUGCACAACUUUAUUCCAGAAAUCUUAAAGAACAGAAAGUUGAGCUUGUAACUCUAGAAUGAAUUUCAUGGUCCAUCUUUGAAUAAGUAUGGAUAUUCACAGCAUCUUUGGAGAAAGAAUACAUUUGGUUCUUUUUUUAUGCCAAAUUAUUACUGCGUUGGAUGUACCUCUUGAUUCAAAACUUCUUGAAAAAUUGUCACAGCCUCCAACAAUAACACAGCAGUCUCCAAAAGAUUAUAUUAUUGACCCAAGAGAGAAUAUUGUAAUACAGUGUGAAGCAAAAGGAAAACCAUCUCCUACCUUUUCAUGGACACGUAAUGGAACUCACUUUGAUAUAGAAAAAGAUCCACGAAUAAGAAUGAAGCCUCACUCAGGGACUCUUUUAAUAAAUAUUAUUAAUGAAGAAAGUGGAGGAAAAGCAGAAUUAUAUGAAGGCAUCUAUCAGUGUACAGCAAGAAAUGUGCUUGGAGCAGCAAUUUCCAAUAAUAUUGUUAUAAGAGCAUCCCGAUCUCCUUUGUGGACUAAAGAAAAGCUAGUUCCAGUAAGAAUUACUGAAGGUCAAUAUGCAAUUCUUCCCUGCAGGCCACCAGCAGGGUUACCACCACCUAUAAUAUUUUGGAUGGACAACUCUUUUCAAAAGCUGCCUCAAAAUAAUAGAGUUUCACAAAGUCUAAAUGGAGAUCUUUAUUUUUCUAAUAUAAUACAAGAAGAUAGCCGUGAAGAUUAUAUAUGUUAUGCAAGAUUUAACCACACUCAAACUAUUCAACAGAAGCAACCUAUUUCAUUAAAAGUUGAACCAGUGGAUUCAUUGAAUGAAACAUUAACUGCUAAUAUGAAUGACUCUGAUUUUUAUGGUGUCAGAUUUUAUUCAGAAAGACAGCCAUCUCUUCUAACUCCUGCUGGAAAUGCAAGUAGCAAAAUCGAACUAAGAGGAAACACUCUUAUGCUGGAAUGUAUUGCAGAAGGAUUACCUACGCCAUUAAUCCGCUGGAGCAAAGAGGGUGGUGACCUUCCUGUCAACAGGACUUUCUUUGAAAAUUUUCAUAAAACCCUCAAAAUUAUAGCUGUUUCUCAAGCUGAUUCAGGAAAAUACAAAUGUAUAGCAACAAAUCGUUUGGGUUCUGCUUACCAUGUUAUCACAGUCAAUGUCAAAGCUGCCCCUUAUUGGAUAAAAGAACCUACAAACCUUGUAUUAUCUCCUGGAGAAGAUGGUUCCUUGAUUUGUAGAACUAAUGGCAAUCCUAAACCCAGCAUAAGCUGGUUAGCAAAUGGAAUUCCAGUUGAAAUUGCUCCUGAAGAUCCCAGCAGAAAAAUUGAUGGUGAUACAAUUAUUUUCACAAAUGUGCAAGAAAGAUCAAGUGCUGUGUACCAGUGUAAUGCCUCUAAUCAAUAUGGCUAUCUAUUAGCAAAUGCAUUUGUGAAUAUUUUAGCUGAACCACCAAGAAUCCUUACUUCAUAUAAUAAACUUUAUCAAGUCAUUGAAAAUAAAUCUGCAUUGCUAGAUUGUGCUUUUUUUGGUUCGCCUAUGCCUGAAGUUGAAUGGUUUCAAGGAGUGAAAGGUAGCAUUCUCCAGGGCAACCAGUAUGUUUUCCAUAAUAAUGGCACCUUGGAAAUUCUGAAAGCCCAGAAGGACAGCAGUGGCACGUACACCUGCAUAGCAAGAAAUAAACUAGGAAAAGCACAGAAUAGUGUUCAAUUAGAAAUCAAGGAACCCACAAUGAUUAUUAAGCAGCCUGAAUACAAAGUUGUACAAAGGAUGGAACAGGUUUUCUUUGAAUGUGUGAUUAAAUAUGAUGCAACAUUAAUACCUACAGUUAUAUGGUUGAAGGAAAAUGAUGAAUUGCCUGAUGAUGGACGGUUUAUUAUAGGUAAAUACAACUUGACAAUUAUGAAUGUCACUGAUAAGGAUGGUGGAGAAUAUACUUGCGUAGCUAAUACUACACUGGAUAGUGUUUCUGCAAAUGCUGUACUCACUGUUGUGGCUCCUCCAACAGUUCCACCUAUUGUUUACGAUCAUCCUGAUCCACCUUACGAUUUGGAAUUAACAGAUCAUUUAGAAAGAAGUGCUCAACUCACUUGGAUACCGGGCAAUGAAAAUAAUAGCCCCAUUACAAGGUUUAUUAUUGAAUAUGAAGAUGCUUUGCAUGAGCCAGGAAUAUGGAAUUACCAAAUGGAAGUCCCUAAUGUGUUCACAACUGUAAAAUUAAGGUUAUCACCAUAUGUGAAUUAUUCAUUUCGUGUAAUAGCUGUCAAUGAAAUUGGAAGGAGCCAACCAAGUGAAGCUUCUGAAAAGUACUUUACAAAACCUGCAAAGCCAGAUGACAAUCCUAUUAACGUUCAAGGGAUUGGAACAGAACCUAAUAAUUUGGUGAUCACUUGGAAGCCUUUAACGGAUUUUCAGUCCAAUGGUCCAGGUCUUCAGUACAAAGUCAGUUGGCAACAGAAUGAUGGUCAAGAUGAAUGGACAUCUGUUACAGUUGCAAAUGUAUCUAAAUAUAUUGUAGCUGAUACACCAACUUUUGUUCCAUAUGAGAUAAAAGUACAAGCAUUAAAUGACUUAGGACCUGCACCUGACCCUUUAAUAAUAAUUGGACAUUCUGGAGAAGACUUGCCAAUGAUUGCUCCAGGCAAUUUACAGGUACAAAUUGUAAACAGUACGUUAGCAAAGGUGCAGUGGGAACCAGUUCCAUUAAAGUUUAUCCGGGGUCAUCUUCAGGGAUACAAAAUUUACUAUUGGAAAGUCAAACAUUUAUCUGGAAAAAUUAAGCGGCAUGUGGAAAAAAGGAUGUUGACUUUCAGUGGAAAUAGAACACAUGGAAUGGUACCGGGAUUAGAGCCUUUUAGUUCUUAUAAACUGAAUGUAAGAGUGUUUAAUGGGAAAGGAGAAGGACCACCAAGCCCAGAUGAAACAUUUAAGACUCCAGAAGGAGUUCCCAGUGCACCCUCUUUUUUGAAGAUUACUAAUCAAAAUCUGGACUCUCUUACUUUGGAAUGGGGCCCACCUUCUCAUCCAAAUGGUGUUCUGGUGGGAUACACAUUAAAGUUUCAACCAAUUAAUAGUACUCAUGAAUUAGGUCACUUGGAAGAGAUCAAUAUUCCUGCAAAUGAGACCAACUUGAUUUUAAGCAACCUGGAUUACAGCACACGAUACAAGUUCUAUUUUUAUGCACAAACAUCAGUUGGAUCUGGAAGUCAAAUAACAGAAGAAGCAGUAAUAAUUAUGAAUGGAGGAUAUUCAGAAAACCCUUUUGAAAUCUCAUCUAUCAUGCAUACUGCACCUUCAACAUUUUAUAAGGGUAUUACUAUUUAUUUUAUCAAAAUAACAUUCCAUAGAAACAACUGGAAUGCACCAUUCUAAAAGGAAAUAUUGAAAUGUAGAAAAUGCAUGAGACUAGAAAAAUGCACGUUUUUACAUUUUUUCAUUACAUGUAGAAUCUCCAUUUUGGAAUAUUGUUUUAGGAACAUCUGAUUGGAUAUUAGAAUAAAUAAACAUGCAGUUCAAUCUGUGCUUAAUUAUCUCACUAAGCAUGUGUUCAAGGUGUUAGUCAUAUUUAGUAAUAAUUUGAUUAUUCAUAUCAUAUAGACUAUGUCAGAUAAUCUUGCAGUCGCUAAUUGUCCAGCAGUUCAGAAUGGAAUUGAUCUUAAAAUAAUUACCUUUUAUUAGCUACCAAAUAUGGUCCUCUUAUUAAAGCAGCUAAGCUUCCUUCCUUCCUUCCUUUAUAUUUCUCAUAAGAAUGAUAUAAGAAUGUUCUUCAUAUUGCGGUUUUCAGUGUCUACAGCAGUAGCUCCUACAUGGAAUAAGACUAUAAUAUGGGAUUCUACUUUU